GUUUAGCAAGUACUUGUCUCUUGGACAUCACAAAAGGGUAACUAACAAAACCUAUAUAUACAUAGUACAUCUUUCCUAACUGUAAUAAGAUCACACAGUUUUCAUUACAGAAAAAGAAUAGUAAAUCAAGUAAUUUAGCCUCUGAGGAUAUGGAGAGUGAGGGAAAGAUUGUGUUUACAGAAGAGCAAGAGGCUCUUGUGGUGAAGUCAUGGAGUGUCAUGAAGAAAAAUUCAGCUGAUUUGGGUCUCAAACUCUUCAUCAAGAUCUUUGAGAUUGCACCAACAGCGAAGAAGUUGUUCUCCUUUUUGAGAGACUCACCAAUCCCUGCUGAGCAAAACCCAAAGCUCAAGCCUCAUGCCAUGUCUGUUUUUGUCAUGUGUUGUGAGUCAGCAGCACAGCUGAGAAAAACAGGAAAAGUCACAGUGAAGGAGACAACUUUGAAGAGGCUAGGAGCCAAUCAUUCUAAAUACGGUGUCGUUGAUGAACACUUUGAGGUGACCAAGUAU